AUGGAUCAUUGGGGCGAUCCUUGGGCCGACAAUGCCAGCCACAGAUCACCAACAAAGGACGCGGUAGCGUCACCACUCCCGCCGGCCUUCACGUUCGCGCCUGUCCCUCUGAACGGCUUUGUGGAUGAUGCAGGCUGGGGAAAUAACGAUGAGGAUGGUUUUGGCGACUGGGCGACUUCACCAAGAGUCGACUCGGGAAAUGUAGCGGGAAAUGUAGCCUUAAAAGGGGUGGAGUCUCUACCAGCUGGAGACCAAGCUUUGGACAGCGCUCGAUGGGGCAGCACAUCACAUCAGGGAAAAGAAGAUCUCGACCAAGAUUGGCCAGAAGCAGUCUCAAACACGGCCCAGGACUUCGAACACGUCGAUUCAGAACCCUCGGAUUCAGCGACCGUGUCCCAGCUCGACGAAGUCGCGGACAAGGAUACUGUCAAAGAACCCAUUCUCCGAUCACAGCCAGAUGUCGAAUCUCUACGAUCUUCGACGUCGCCUUCCGAAACGAGUCGCAACGAAUACCCUAUCGAGUCGCCGCGAACUUCGAUCGAGGAUGAACGGAGUAUCACGAAGGGCAAAGUACCUCAAGACGAGGCAUCGGCUUCCACCUCAGAGCCAGACACCGUCGUAACAGAAACCAGUUCUGAGGUAGAAUCCAAGGUGAAAGAGAGUGACAAGGCGCCAGAAGACAGUGAGGACGCAGACAAGCACGCACCAGGCACCUCAAGUGAUCCAAAGGGGUUAUCACCAAGCUCACCAGACGAUUUGCAUGAACUAGAUGUUCAUGAAGAAUCAGAUGUGAUACCUGAUGAUGCCACUGCAGUUCAGUCUCGUGUACCAUCGACCGCGUUUGCCUCUGAUGAAGCCGCCCUGGCUCAGUUGUUUCCUUCAAGCAGAGAUUCCGGAGAGCAAGUCGAUGCACACGACGAUCCUAUCUACACAACCUCUGCUCGCAAAGCCUGGUACAGGUUGACCCGGAAGCAAACCAUGCGCGAGUUCAAUCACGGCGACAACGACGACAACUACAUUCGCGUCACAUGGAUGAACUCACACGUCCGAACUGAGGUCAACAAGGUAGUCGGGCGGUGGGCGCGAGAAGAUCGUAUCUCAGGUACCGGUCCAGGCGCAAGAGCUUCGUUCUACUGGGACACAGCUGCGCCUCCUGAGCCCAAAGCACCCUUCGGUCAUCUUCGUACACAGUCGUCCGUACCUACUACGAAAACUGCCCUUCCCGCGAGACAGAGUCUGCCGCCACUGGCUACCACGGACAAACCAGCAGCGUUUGAUUGGAGCUCUCCAGCAUCUGCCGAUCCAUGGAGGUUGGAUAGCCCUGCGCAACAUUCAAUCUCUACACCCUUAGCGCUGAAGAAUCCUGCUGUGGCCAUGAUUCAACAGCAGGAAGGUCGAGCAGUGUCGGUAGACUUUACUCCGCGCAGACCAGAGCAAACUAUGCACAAGCGAACCGCAACCGUGUCACACACAUCUCCUGAAACGACAGCUGUAACAAAGCUAAUAUCAACACCUGUAUCACAGCUGUCCGCUGAUGUUUCGGACCCUUGGACCAACGGCAGCAGCAUUGAUAGCUCCUCAACUUCUACAGCUAAAGCUGUUGAUCUUCCCAUUGAUGACGAGGAUGAUUGGGGUGAAAUGGUACAGACACCUACAUUGCCAGCUCCAAAUCAGCUAGAUCCAUUUCCACAGCCUGCGUCUUCGAACACUGAAAUCACCCAACCAUCGUCCUCCAGACCAGGUUUGCUAGGAGUUCGUCCAGCUCAGGCUGAACCUACCGAGUCGAUGUUUGCUUCUCCUAUUGUACGGUUGCAGAGCACCAUUUCGCCAACAUCAGCUCUUUUCCAGACUAAAAGCUUCGUCCCACUCCGCGUUGAGCAGGGCCCUGUUGGUCCAGAGCUUUUAAAGCCAGCGAAUCGCAACAUUCAAUCAACCCCUGAGAAGAAGCCGAAAGAGGAUGAAUUUGCCUUGUCAAGUCCAGAGAAGUUCGGUGCCGUUGCUCCAACCUUGAUUGAAGACAAGGGUGCAAGCGAUGGCGAGGACCAUGCAUGGACAGCACCAGAACAUGCACUAAGUCACAGGAGCAAGGAACUACAUGCUGCCACUCCCACAAACAGGGAGUCAACAUCAAUCGCACAACCAGUCACGCCCAUACAGGCUUCAGCAGAUCCUUGGGCAAAUGCCGACUUCUCAUUCUUUGAGUCUUCGUUGUCGGUCCCAGCAUUACAACCUACCUCGCAGAUGCAGGAAAUAUCUGGAUUGUCCGAUCCAUCUUUUACAGUCUCUCGUAGCACACCGGAUCUAACAUCUUUAUCCCGGCUGCCGCAAGCCUUCUCGCGCUCGCCACCUCGAGACAUAAUGCGGCCAGUGCCGCAACCACUGACCACCGCCACCAGUUCGGUGCAACGAAGGAGGGUCGAGGAAGAACAAACGAUCAGCAACAUUCUCGCCGGGUUACCAAACUUGAGGUACAUGUUGCGAUGA